AGCAGCAACAGCAGCAGCAGCAGCAGCAGCAACAGCAGCAGCAGCAGCAGCAUCUCCUUUCUCCUGGUCCAUACUUCAAACUGUACAAGAGUUUAUCAGGCCAUGGAUGCGGUGGCUGUGUAUCAUGGCAAAAUCAGCCGGGAAACAGGGGAAAAGCUCCUACUUGCCACUGGUCUGGAUGGCAGCUAUUUGCUGAGGGACAGUGAGAGUGUCCCAGGCGCAUACUGCCUAUGUGUACUGUAUCAAGGUUACAUUUAUACAUACCGAGUGUCCCAGACAGAAACAGGUUCUUGGAGUGCUGAGACAGCACCUGGGGUUCAUAAAAGAUUUUUCCGGAAAAUAAAAAAUCUCAUUUCAGCAUUUCAGAAGCCAAAUCAAGGUAUUGUAAUACCUCUACAGUAUCCAGUGGAGAAGUCCUCAGCUAGAAGUACACAAGGUACUACAGGGAGAAGAGAAGAUCCUGAUGUCUUCCUGAAAGCGCCAUGAAGAAAAAUAAAAGACCUUGUACUUUAUUUUCAAUAAUUUAAAUAUAUGCUAAGUCUUAUAUAUUGUAGAUAAUACAGUUCAGUGAGCUACAAAUGCAUUUCUAAAACCAUUAUAGUCCUGUAAUGGAAGCAUAUAACAUGAUGUUAAAGCUGAAAUGAACUUUAUGGAUAAUGAGGAGCUUCAAAAUGAGGAUUGGGAAAAAGUAAUUCCACUGGUUAUUUUUAGUUAUAUUUAUGAAUGGGAAACAAUUUAAACCUUAUGACACUUUAUAAAAGAUUAAUGUUAAUUCUUACCAAAUAUAAAUAAAAACAAUUCUCAGUUUUUCUCAAAAACACCAUUUCUAGCGAAAUAUUAUUUGAUAACUACUGAUUUUUUUUCUUUUUCUUUUCUUUUUUUGAGAGAGAGAGAGGAAGGGAGAGGGAGAGAGAGACAGAAACAUUGAUGAGAGAAAA